AUGAUGUACUCACCGGACAAGAUGAUGGGAAGCAAGGGACUUCACGGGGCACCCAUCACGGCCCCGGGUUGUUUCCCUUCGGGAAGGUACUCGCCGCCGCCUUAUCGUGCAGCCCCGGAUCCCAUGCCGCCACCGCCGCGACGUUGUAUGCCCAAUCCCACAAGUCGUAUAUUGGAAGAUGCCUCCAUUAUGUGCAAUUCCUGGUCACCGAGGCAUAACGGUGACUUAUUCGGGGGCCUGAACAGCGGUCUACAAGACGGCUUACUUUCGAGGGCGGAGGCUUUGGCGGCGGAUUUGGGAAAACACAACGCGGGUACCCCAAUGCCUUUGAAGCACGAUCCUGUUUCCGUCUAUCAUCAUGGAGCCCACAUGCCAACCCCCCAUCCGAAUAACCGGCCACAUCAUCAGGUACAUUCACACCUCUUUAUGAGCCACCCAGGCAUGGAGAGUCUGGACAUGCUGGAUCCGGCCAACUCGAUGACCACGUUAACUCCGAUGUCAGAGAACACCGGUGGUGGACCGGGCCACCAUGCCGGCAUCCAUGGGCCCUCCGUUUAUGGCGGCAUGAACGGAAUGAUGGGUCAUCACCAUCAUCACGGAAACCUCGGGGGCGGAGGCGGUAGCGUGCCACAUCCGGCUCAUCAUCAUCCAGCAAUGGCGGCGGCUGCAGCUGCUGCCGCGGCCGCUGGUCUCCAUCCGGAUGCUGACACGGAUCCUCGAGAGUUGGAAGCCUUCGCAGAGAGGUUUAAACAGAGACGCAUCAAACUCGGCGUAACGCAAGCCGACGUUGGGAAAGCUCUGGCAAACCUGAAGUUACCUGGCGUAGGUGCUCUGUCUCAGUCGACGAUAUGUCGAUUCGAGUCGUUGACGUUAUCGCAUAACAACAUGAUCGCGUUGAAGCCGAUUCUGCAAGCGUGGCUGGAGGAAGCUGAGGCUCAAGCGAAGAACAAAAGACGAGACCCAGACGCACCGUCGGUGUUACCGGCUGGAGAGAAGAAGAGAAAGAGAACGAGCAUAGCCGCGCCAGAGAAACGAUCCCUGGAAGCGUACUUCGCCGUCCAACCACGGCCAUCCGGCGAGAAGAUCGCCGCCAUCGCGGAAAAGCUGGACCUGAAAAAGAACGUCGUCAGAGUCUGGUUCUGCAAUCAACGACAGAAGCAGAAGCGCAUGAAAUUCGCGGCUCAACAUUGA